AUGGCAUAUUGUGAUAAAUUUCAAAGAGAUAGUUCACCAUACCAACAAUGUUCAAGUACAAAACCAAGUAUGUCAAACAGUUUAAUUCCAUAUUUUAAGCCAACUCCUUCCAAAUUAUCAAAUAAAUCUAAACGGGCUAAAGAACUAACAAAAGGUCUGAUGAAAUUAGUUGUAAAAGAUUUAAGACCUUUGAGUAUUGUAGAAGGAGAAGGUUUUCUUGAAUUUAUGAAUAUAGCUGUAUCUGAGUAUAUUGUUCCUAGUAAACAAACAAUAAUUAGACUUGUUGAACAGACAGCACAAAAUGAAAAAAACAAUUUAAAAUGUUUCUUAAAAAAUAUUCCACAUAUUUGUAUAACUGUUGAUUUUUGGACGUCAUUAGCAAAUCAUAGUUAUUUAGGCGUAACUUGUCAUUAUUUAGAAAAUUGGUAUUUACGUACACGUGUUUUAGAAACAGUGGAAGUUCCCGAAUCCCACACCUCAAUAAAUAUUGUCAACAAUUUAAAAUCUAUUCUUAAGUUUUGGAACAUUGAAAAUAAAGUUUGUGCAAUUGUAAGCGAUAAUGCUGCAAAUAUGGUCAAAGCUAUUAACGAUAUAGAUCAAACAUAUUUAGUUAGAUGUACUGCUCACUCUAUACAGUUAUCUAUAAAUGCAGGUAUCCAAAAUAAUGUAGUAAAAGAAAUAAUAAAUAAGCUGAGAAAAAUAGUGGGACAUUUUAAUAGAAGUGCCACAGCUCAAAAAGAACUUGAAAUUGAACAAGAAAAAUGUGGCGAAAAAAAACAUAAACUAGUUCAAGAUUGCGUUACUCGUUGGAAUUCGACGUGUGAUAUGAUCGAUAAACCAUUUAAAAUUGUCACGGAAGUAUUAGGUGGAGAAAACUAUACAACUGCGUCAAUAGCACACAGGUUGAUUAAAAGUCUUUUAAAUACGUUAAAAGUUAGUGAACAAGACUCACAUUUUUUAAUUGCAAUUAAAAAAUCUAUUUUAGAUGACUUAAAAAAACGUAGAGAAAUGAUGGGUGUAAUACUGUCAAAAGCAUCUGCAUUAGACCCUAGAUUUCGAGAGUUGAAAUUUUUAUCGGAAGAAGAAAAAGAAACUGUUUGGAAACAACUUGAAAAUGAGUUGAAAGAAUUAAUUCCCGAUCCAAAAAUAGAAACUGAAGUACAAUUAAAUUCUGAUUCAAUAUUAGAAAAUGAAGAAGAUAUUGAAACAUUUGAAACACAACACUCACCUCCUCGUAAGAAAUUACGAUCAUUAAUGAUAGAUAGCGAUGAUGAUGACGAAGAAAAUUAUUCAGUAACUCAAAGUCCUGCGAUCAUACAACUUGAAGAGUACAGAAAUUUUAAAAUCAAAAUUUCUUACGAUCAAGAUCCUUUAAAGUGGUGGAAAGAAAAUGAAUUUAAAUACUCAGCUGUAUCAUUAUUAGCCAAAAAAUAUUUAAGUAUAGUGGCCACUAGUGUUCCUUGUGAACGACUAUUUAGCGAAGCUGGAACAAUCAUCUCCAAAAAAAGAAACAGAUUAUCUCCUGAACGACUCAAUCAACUAUUAUUUCUGAAUUCAUAUUUCAAAUCAAAUCCAAAUUCUGAAACAUUGAUGGAAAAACUAUUGGAAGAAGGAAAUUCAUAA